AACCUGCGUCCAACCCACUGUUGCGUGGAAAUGGAGUUCUAGUGUAGAAAGUAAUGUUGGUUGCCCUGUAAAUUGUGCCCGCCAUUAUAUGUGUAUAGUGCGCUGUCUUAGUAUACAAUUAUAGCCGGUGUGUGAAGUGUACGUUUAGUGUUAUAGAAAACUUGUAAAUAUGUCGAAACCAGAAGACGCUAUGGAGGGAGUGGACACUGGUGAAAACUCGAAUGCAUCGUCAGCCGACACGAUGUCAUCGAGGGAGAAACCAGAAGAUUACGAAGUGAAAGUUGUUACAGAUCGGAGCAAGCGCUUUGAUUACUUACUGAAACAAACCGAAAUCUUCACUCAUUUUAUGUCCAACAACCAAGGUGGGAAGACACCAUCCAGUCCAUUAAAAGUUCGACCCGGGCGACCGAGGAAAGAACAACCAAAAAUUGAUCCUGGAGAUCAUCGGCAUCGGAAAACUGAGCAGGAAGAAGAUGAAGAGCUUCUUGCAGAGACAAAUUCAAAUCGAAAGACCAUAAUAUCGUUUGACCAAUCACCACAUUACAUCAAGAAUGGAGAGAUGAGAGAUUACCAAGUGCGUGGUCUAAAUUGGAUGAUAUCUCUUUAUGAAAAUGGUAUUAAUGGGAUUCUCGCCGAUGAAAUGGGCUUAGGAAAAACUUUACAGACAAUAUCGUUGCUUGGGUACAUGAAGCAUUAUCGGAGUAUUCCUGGUCCUCAUAUUGUAAUAGUUCCAAAAUCAACUUUAGCUAACUGGAUGAAUGAAUUUAAAAAAUGGUGUCCUUCUCUUAGAGCAGUAUGUUUAAUUGGUGAUCAGGAAACAAGGAAUGCUUUUAUACGUGAAACACUGAUGCCAGGCGAGUGGGAUGUCUGCGUAACAUCAUAUGAGAUGGUUAUUAAGGAAAAAGGUGUCUUCAAAAAGUUUAACUGGCGCUACAUGGUUAUAGAUGAGGCUCAUAGGAUAAAAAAUGAAAAGUCAAAGCUUUCUGAAAUUGUACGAGAAUUCAAGACGACAAAUAGGCUUCUGUUGACAGGAACACCUCUCCAAAAUAAUCUCCAUGAGCUGUGGUCUUUGCUAAAUUUUCUACUUCCUGAAGUAUUCUCAUCAGCAGAUGAUUUUGACUCUUGGUUUGACACCAAUAGUUUUCUAGGUGACAAUGCACUUGUGGAACGAUUGCAUGCUGUACUGCGGCCAUUCUUACUGCGACGCUUGAAGAGCGAAGUGGAAAAGAGGCUGAAACCCAAGAAAGAAGUGAAAGUUUAUGUAGGACUGAGUAAAAUGCAACGAGAGUGGUAUACUAAGGUCCUCAUGAAAGAUAUAGAUGUCGUGAAUGGUGCGGGAAAAAUAGAAAAGAUGCGACUUCAGAACAUUCUGAUGCAGCUGCGCAAAUGUUCCAAUCACCCGUAUUUGUUCGAUGGUGCAGAACCGGGACCACCUUUCACCACAGACGAACAUUUGGUGUAUAACUGCGGCAAGAUGGUGAUUCUUGACAAGCUGUUGCCGAAGCUGCAGCAGCAGGAGUCAAGAGUUCUAAUCUUCAGCCAGAUGACUCGAAUGCUGGACAUCCUUGAAGAUUAUUGCCUUUGGAGAGGAUACAUGUAUUGCAGGCUUGAUGGACAGACCCCACACGAAGAUCGUCAGAGGCAGAUAAAUGAGUACAAUGCCCCUGGCAGUGAGAAAUUCAUCUUUAUGUUGUCCACCCGAGCUGGUGGUCUGGGUAUUAACUUAGCAACAGCAGAUGUGGUAAUCAUUUAUGACUCAGACUGGAACCCUCAGAUGGAUCUCCAGGCCAUGGACCGAGCACAUCGUAUCGGCCAGCAGAAACAGGUGCGAGUCUUCAGGUUCAUCACUGAGAACACAGUUGAGGAGAAAAUUGUGGAGAGAGCUGAAAUCAAACUGAGGCUCGACAAGCUGGUCAUCCAGCAGGGCCGCCUGGUUGAUAACAAACAGAACCAGUUGAACAAAGAUGAAAUGUUAAAUAUGAUAAGACAUGGUGCAAAUCAUGUAUUUGCAUCAAAAGAUUCUGAAAUUACUGAUGAGGAUAUAGAUACUAUACUGCAGAAAGGAGAAGCCAAAACGGAAGAACUGAGGCAGAAACUGGCAGGCCUGGGCGAAUCUUCUCUCCGAAACUUCACAAUGGAUACAUCGACAGCGGACUCGGUUUACCAGUUUGAGGGAGAAGAUUACAGAGAAAAACAAAAAGUUUUGGGAAUUGGAAGUUGGAUCGAACCACCAAAAAGAGAGAGGAAGGCUAACUAUGCUGUGGAUGCAUACUUCAGAGAAGCUCUUAGAGUGUCUGAGCCUAAAGCUCCCAAGGCUCCUCGGCCUCCAAAGCAGCCAAUUGUGCAAGACUUCCAGUUUUUCCCACCACGUCUCUUUGAAUUAUUAGAUCAAGAAAUCUAUUACUUUAGGAAAACUGUUGGUUACAAAGUUCCAAAAAAUCCAGAAUUAGGAUCAGAUGCCUCACGCAUCCAGAAAGAAGAGCAGAGGAAAAUAGAUGAGGCACAGCCACUAACAGAAGAAGAAAUAAUGGAGAAAGAGAAACUUCUUACACAGGGAUUCACAAACUGGACCAAACGAGAUUUCAACCAAUUCAUUAAAGCGAAUGAAAAAUACGGGAGAGAUGAUAUAGAGAACAUAUCAAAAGAAGUCGAAGGAAAGACUGCGGAGGAGGUUUUGGAGUACAGUCAAGUAUUCUGGGAACGGUGUCACGAGUUGCAGGAUAUUGACAGGAUUAUGGCGCAAAUUGAUAGAGGAGAAGCUAAAAUACAACGGCGUGCCAGCAUCAAGAAGGCUCUAGAUGCAAAGAUGGCAAGAUACCGUGCUCCAUUCCAUCAACUCCGUAUUGCCUAUGGUACCAAUAAAGGAAAGAAUUACACUGAAGAGGAAGAUAGAUUCCUAGUGUGUAUGCUUCAUAAGUUGGGUUUUGACAAAGAAAACGUUUAUGAAGAACUUCGAGCUGCUGUCAGGUCAGCACCACAGUUCCGCUUUGACUGGUUUAUAAAAUCCCGCACGGCGAUGGAACUACAGCGGCGGUGUAACACGUUAAUAACACUUAUUGAACGUGAAAACCAGGAACUCGAGGAAAAAGAACGUGCGGAGAAAAAGAAGAGGGGACCUCGAGGAGGCGGAGCGGGAGGAGGCGGAGCUGGUGGGGGUGGCAGUGUCGGGGGUGUGCCUGGUGCCGGUAUGGGGGCGGGCCAGGGCAAGCCAGUGAUGCCCAGCAGUGGGCAGAAGCGCAAAGGCGACGGCAGCUCGACUCCGGACGGCAAGGCUAGCCGAAAGAAGAAGAAAGAGAAGUGAUAGGUGUCACACUGGCAGUGGUGGGGGAACGUCGGACGGACUCCCAUCCUGCUUCACGAACAGUGCCCCGUAGACAUUUGCACGGGACCGGAGUUUUAGACCGUCUCACAGUGCUGCUCGACAUAGCUCUUUGCUGUCUGUGUCAGACUCGACGUUCAUUAGAUGCACGUCAUAAGUUCUUUGAGCAGUUUGUUUCUGUGCUUCGCUGUCAGUGAUAUUGAGACAGUUUUUGAACUGAGUGUUGCUGUCAGUGAGGAAAAAUGGAGGACUGCCACUUACAGAGCCACUGCAUUUAUGGCAAAAAGCAGUUUAUUUACAUUUGUGAUGGAUUGAAGAUGGUUGUAAACUCAGUUUUCUGUUUCCCAUGUACAUUCCACUUCCUGGUUUUAUUCUUUAAAGUAUUGUACUUAAACCAUUAUUAAAUAUCUUGUGUUCAGUGAAUUGAUUUUGAAGUCUCACAAAACUGACACAAGCCAAUAUCAGCUA